AUGAACGAGUACAUGAUCAAUGAUCUCAGGUUCCCGGUGAAGAGCUUCACGGUCCCAAUCGCGGCGCUUGUGGUAAGAAAAGAGGGAUCUUUACUUGCUUUCUCGCUAAGUUCCAUUCUGAUCAGGCUUGUUCUUCACGGUUAUCAUCACCUCCGUGAUCACCGAUUCCUUGAAGAACUUGACGGGCCGACCCCGGCCAGACUUCUUCUGGAGAUGCUUUCCAGACGGCGUUCCGGGUCUUUCGCGGGGUUGGGAUACUUGUCAUGGUACCUCGCAGGUAGAAUCAAGUUUGCUGGUCAUAGGGGUCGCAUUAUCAAGUUUGUGAUCGCCGCGCUUCCUCUCGUUGGAGCCACCUUGGUUGCCAUUUCGAUUAUGAAUGACUACUGGCACCACUGGAGUGAUGUCGUUGCUGGAGCAGUCAUUGGUACCAUUCUAUGUUCCAUUUUGCGAGAGUUUCUCACGGCCGUGGCUCUUUCACAGGUUUGGUCGUUGGAGCGUUGUGCUACAGGCAGCAAUUCCCGAUAG